UAUUUUUGCUGUUAUCUAAUUCUGAGAGGGAAGCUGGGAGCAGAGGGAGUCGGGAGACAUAGCUCACAACGUCUCCCUCCCACCCGGCUGAAACAGGCUGGAAUCUCUGGGUCUAGAGGCUGAUCUGUCCCUGAAAGCUACCCUCCAACAAGCCUUGAAGAGCUUCUACCUAGGGACUGCCGCUUCGAAGGGACCGAAGGGACCGGGCCCUCUUUGUCCCUCUUCACUGGAGCCGCACUGGAGGCAGCAGCUGCGCCUGGGUGUGCAGCAGGCAGAAAGCAAGGACUAGGCGCCUCUAGCCAGUGGGUGAUCCGAAGGCCUGCUUAGGGUGUUCGAGCCCAGCCUCAACUGCGCCUAGGCACCUCCAGCCUCUGGCCCCUGGAGUAGAGUCAGCCCUCCCGCACAGUUUCUGGAGCAACCACAAAUCCAAUUUGGGCUUUUUUUUUUCCUGAGCAAACCAGAGCUUAGAGAUUGCUGCUCUGAUGCUGGAUUUAAUUUGUAUAUAUUUUGAGCGAGUUGGGGCUCUCCUCGUUAUUUUUUGAUCUCCGUUUUUUUGUGACAGUUCCGCACACCUGCAUUCUAAUUCUUGUCGCUUUGGUCUGCGGCGCCCUCGUGGGCUCCUUGACUUGCAAGUAAAGGGAGCACACCGAAGCUCAGAGCUCGGGGCGAUGUAUCAAAGCCUGGCCAUGGCCGCCAACCACGGCCCCCCGCCCGGCGCCUACGAAGCGGGUGGACCCGGCGCCUUCAUGCACAGCGCGGGCGCCGCGUCCUCGCCUGUCUACGUGCCCACUCCGCGGGUGCCAUCCUCUGUGCUGGGCCUGUCCUACUUGCAGGGCGGAGGCAGUGCUGCUGCAUCUGGAGCCACCUCGGGUGGCAGCUCCGGGGCCGGCCCGUCGGGGGCUGGGCCGGGGACCCAGCAGGGCAGCCCUGGCUGGAGCCAGGCUGGAGCCGAGGGAGCCGCCUACACCCCGCCGCCCGUGUCCCCGCGUUUCUCCUUCCCGGGGACUACUGGGUCCCUGGCGGCCGCCGCCGCUGCUGCCGCAGCCCGGGAAGCUGCAGCUUACAGCAGUGGCGGCGGGGCGGCGGGCGCUGGCCUGGCCGGCCGAGAGCAGUACGGGCGUCCGGGCUUCGCCGGCUCCUACUCCAGCCCCUACCCAGCCUACAUGGCCGACGUGGGCGCAUCCUGGGCCGCCGCCGCUGCAGCUGGCCCCUUCGACAGUCCAGUCCUGCACAGCCUGCCCGGACGGGCCAACCCUGCAAGACACCCCAAUCUCGUAGAUAUGUUUGAUGACUUCUCAGAAGGCAGAGAGUGCGUCAAUUGCGGGGCCAUGUCCACCCCACUCUGGAGGCGAGAUGGGACAGGACACUACCUGUGCAAUGCCUGUGGCCUCUACCACAAGAUGAAUGGCAUCAACCGGCCCCUCAUUAAGCCUCAGCGCCGACUGUCUGCUUCCCGCCGGGUAGGCCUCUCGUGUGCCAACUGCCAGACUACCACCACCACGCUGUGGCGUCGUAACGCUGAGGGCGAGCCCGUGUGCAAUGCCUGUGGCCUCUACAUGAAACUCCAUGGGGUUCCCAGGCCUCUUGCAAUGCGGAAGGAGGGGAUUCAAACCAGGAAACGGAAGCCCAAGAACCUGAAUAAAUCUAAGACACCAGCAGGUCCUUCUGGCGAGAGCCUCCCUCCCUCCAGCGGUGCCUCCAGCAACUCCAGCAAUGCCACUAGCAGCAACAGCAGCAGUGAAGAGAUGCGCCCCAUCAAGACAGAGCCAGGGCUGUCAUCUCACUAUGGGCACAGCAGCUCCAUGUCCCAGACAUUCAGUACCGUGUCCAGCCACGGGCCCUCCAUCCAUCCAGUGCUGUCGGCUCUGAAGCUCUCCCCACAAGGCUAUGCAUCUCCUGUCACUCAGACAUCGCAGGCCAGCUCCAAGCAGGACUCUUGGAACAGCCUGGUCCUGACUGACAGUCACGGGGACAUAAUCACCGCGUAAUCAGCGCUCCCCCUAUCCUUCUUCAAAUUCCUGCUCGGACUUGGGACCUGGGGGCCAGCAAAGUUAAAGGCUGGGGCAUCCUUGGCCAGCCCCUUUGUCUGGAAACAACUCCUGAAGAACAACUGGGUAGAACUUGAAGUUGUUGACAAUCACUUAGGGAAAUGGGUGCUGAGUUGCUUCAAACACCCUUCCAGGUGGAGCACUGGAAAAAGCCUGCCUUCUUACAGACAAGCCCCCCCUUGGCUGCAAGCCCAGCACAGUGAGGCUCUUCAGUGUAGCAGGAGACUUCUUCCUCAUUCUCCACCUGCCUGUCCAGGACAGACACAUAAUCUCCUUCACCCCAGCUCCCCACCCCAGCAGCUGUGGUGGUGGUAGUGAUGGUGGUGGUGGUAGGUUUUUCUUUGUGAUCCUAGAGUGGCUGUAGGCCCGAGGCUUCAAGACACUGUCUACAGCCUGAGCAGGGUGUCUACUUGUCGUGGACUAGACAUAGCAGCCCUGCCCUUGUCCAACACUCCCCUUGAGGCAUGGCACAUCUCUGCAUGUCCCAUACCAGAUCUGACUCCAAAGUGCUGGGUGCAACGCGGGUGUUACUGAGUGCUUCCCGGGGAGAUCAGGUAGGAGAAGGCACGUGACCCAUUGCGCAAAAUAGCUUCAUCAAAUUGCAGCCCAGCAGUGGUGCCUUCCCUUCCUGUCCCAGGAACUUCAAACCCCCUGCUCUCCAGCCUGAACAUCUCCUACCCUCUGAAAAACUAGAGCCCAGUUGUGCAGCAGGCUAAUACCACUAGGUGCUGUUUCCCAGCAUCCUUUUCACCCCUUCACACACAGGGGUUCCAAGGAGGAACAAAACCUGCUACCAAAGCAGCCUUGGUGACUGCGUUCAUCUGUACCUUGGGUCCCUCUGGAGGUUGUGACUGCAGCACAAUCCUGUUCCCAGGACUCUAGCUUGCCUGCUGAGCCUGCCAGCCUUCGUAAGUCAGAUAGUUACCUGGCUCUGGGACUUUCUCCAGCACAGAUCCUUGGUCUAGAAAAUACAGACUGUUUGCAAAAUAAAGUCAAAGCAGAAACAACUAAAGGAAAUUUGUGAAAGGACAAAGGUGAUGGGUGGGAGAAGUCCCCAGGGCUGAUGGGAUAGCCAUGCUUGCAGCCAUCCUAGGAUUGGCCUUCUCCCCACCCCCCACCAUUACUGGGGCUCCCAAAGAUUCUUCCUUGUCCUCAUCACCCACAGAGCUGUAGCCAACUGUGGCAUUACCUUAUUUUACCCCAAAUUCCCAGCCCCACCCCUAAACCUUACUGGCCGUAGCAGAGAAUAGCUUUGAACCAAGAUUCUGUUGUAAUCAUUUAUGCUGUUUCUCCCCCAAGGCCGCCUUCCCAUGCCUGUCCCUCCUCCACAACCUGUUAACAUUGUCUUAAGGUGAAAUGGCUGUAAAAUCAGUAUUUAACUAAUAAAUUUAUCUGUAUUCUUCUUUCCCUCAGAAGACCUCUCUAGCAGG